GUGCAGGGAUUGCCCGUCGUGCUUCUAUUGCGACGAUCAUUGCAGAUUGGAGUCUGACUGGAACAGAUGCCACAGAUUCGAGUGCCCUGGGAUGCAGGCCGGAAUCUGGCAAGACCUGGGAAUAGCCCUCCCCGCUUUAAGGGCCUUGGUGAGGGGUCUUCGGACCGGUUUGGAUAGGACUAUUAGUACCCCCGAGGAGGACUUGAAGAAUUUUGGCAGCCGCACGGACAACUAUCGCUAUUUCAAUAAUCUCGUGUCGCAUUUGGAUGGAAACGAACACCUUAUGUCGUACUUGCUGUGGGCUCUGGUCGUGGUGAAAUACUUGGAAGACUACACCCAAUUCUUCCAGUGGCACUUGACGAGGGAAAAUUGUCCGGUAAAGGAUAAGGACAGCUUCAUUAAGUUGGUUGGCGGCCAGCUCGUGAAGCACAUGGCACAGCUCACUUAUAACGCCAGCGUCAUUGAACAUUGGUCGUUCGUUCCGAAAGAGAUAGAUUCAGAAUCUACGGAACAUUUUUCAGACUGUCUGAGAGACUGUUUUAUCCCGGAUAGUGUCGGAUCUGUAGCCAGUGGAAUUUUCCCAUCCGUCAGCAUGAUGAACCACUCUUGUCGCCCGAAUGUGACGAAUUU